GCCGAUCACUCCCAACUUGUUUUGUCGUCUCGGCUUAUAAAUACAUCGUUAGCGGCCCGGUCUGCUUCCCAACAUCCCUCCAUCCCUCAAUUUCCGCCAACUCUGCCACCGCCAUCCCUCGGCUACCUCCGCAAAAUUAAUUCCAGUCAACAGAGCAUCAAGGUAGCUCUUCCAUCCAUCUAAAUUUUAAAGUUUAUCUCUAUUAUGGCACUCGUUGAUGAUAAUAAUAGUAAUAAUAAUAAUUAUUAUUAUUAUAAGUUCUUGUUCCACCGGCUCCGCUUCCGCUAUGAGCACCGUUAUUUCCAUGCCGAGCGCCACCGCCGUUAACGUUGUUCUGCUACUGGCGGCGCUUCUCUGUCUGAUUUUCCGCCACGUGGGGUGGAAGAAGGCAGCAUCAGCGGCUGGUGGCGCCGCAGGGGAAGAUGAACCCGUGAAGCGGCUGCGGCUUCCUCCAGGGUCGAUGGGAUGGCCUUACAUUGGGGAGACGUUCCAGCUGUACUCAAAUAAAAGUCCCAACAGCUUCUUUGCAGAGAAGCAGAGGAGGUACGGGGCGGUUUUCAAAACGCACAUACUAGGAUGUCACUGCGUGAUGAUGUCGAGCCCGGAGGCUGCCAGAUUUGUGCUGGUGACAAAGGCUCACCUCUUCAAGCCAACCUUCCCUGCCAGCAAGGAGCGUAUGCUGGGUCGGCAGGCCAUCUUCUUCCAGCGAGGCGAGUACCACGCCAGGCUCCGCCGCUUGGUACUCCGCGCAUUCAUGCCUGAUGCCCUCCGAUCCAAGGUCUCCUCCAUCGAGGAGGUCGCUCUGCGGGCCCUCUCGUCCUUGGAAGGAGGCGGCUUCAUCAACACCUACAAGGAGAUGAAAACGUACGCGUUGAAUGUGGCGCUUCUUUCCAUAUUUGGAAAGGAGGGGCAAUCCUACAUAGACGAGCUGAAGCAGUGCUACUACACCCUAGAGAAAGGGUACAACUCCAUGCCCACCAACUUUCCUGGGACACGCUUCCACAAGUCCUUGAAGGCCAGGCAUCAGCUCGGUCUCCUCGUGGCUAGGAUCAUCUCCUGCAGGAGGAUGCCGAGGAUGCAACAAAAAUUGAGAGGAGGAGGAGGAGGAGGAGCUGGAGUUGCUCCUGAUCAUCAUAAUGAACAACAUCAUCAUGAAUCCGCCUUUGCCGACGUCGAUCUCCUCGCCUCCUUCAUGGAUGAAAAAGAGUCUCUUACCGACGAACAGAUAGCCGACAACAUCAUCGGGGUCAUCUUUGCAGCCCGCGACACAACCGCCAGCGUCCUCACUUGGAUCCUCAAGUACCUCGCCGAGAACCCCACCGUCCUCCAGCUCGUCACGGAAGAGCAAGAGGAGAUUCGAAGGCGUAAGGAGGUUGUGGUGGGAGACGACGAUAAGAGGGCCUUGAAUUGGGCGGAUACGAAGAGGAUGCCCGUCACUUGCAGGGUCAUUCAGGAGACCAUGAGGGUUGCUUCCAUCCUCUCUUUCACCUUCCGGGAAGCGGUCGAGGAUGUCCACUAUGAAGGUUAUCUAAUACCAAAGGGUUGGAAAGUCCUUCCCCUGUUUCGAAACAUUCAUCACAACGCAGACAAUUUUCCAGACCCCGACAAGUUCGACCCCUCCAGAUUUGAGAGUUCACCGAAGCCGAACACGUUCAUGCCCUUCGGAAACGGGACUCACGCAUGCCCUGGAAAUGAGUUGGCAAAGCUGGAGAUGCUCAUUCUCCUCCAUCAUCUCACCACGAAAUACAGGUGGUCAAUUUGUGGACAGGAAAGUGGAGUUCAGUAUAUUCCCUUCGCCCUGCCAAUGAAUGGAUUACCCAUAAGCAUCGCUCUCAAAAAAUGAUGAAUUCCAUAGAGUUUAGGACUCCCGGCAAAAUCAAAUUAGAGAGGCGGAGCAGUUGCUUUUCCUCAUUUCCAACGGAUGUUUCGUGCGUGGUUUAUGCGCAUGAUCUGUAUGCUAGGAUUGAUGAUAAUUACUCAAUCACGCACCAAGGGCUCAAACUCAACGCACAAAUAUUCAUGAAUGAAUAAGGGGCUCAGCUCCGGCGUCAUAUAUGAUAUUUAAAACAAAAAAA